AUGUUCCCAACGCCUUUCCUUUCCACGCCUUACUCCGACUUUGACACCUCUCAAGGUCAAAGCCGUCAGUCACAAUUCUCAUUCAACACUCUGACCUUGCCGGAUCCAAGCACCGACCCUUUGCUGAUUGUCAUGCCGCCUGCGACUCCCAAGCCUACCCCCGAAAUAGAUAUGGCGUCCAUGUACCGCGACCUGGAACGGGGGACUUCGACCAUCGAGGACUUUCAGAGGAGUAACUUUGGUGAGCGGAUGGAGCAGCAUGUGCAGCAUGUGCAGCAUGUGCAGCACGCAACCAAAAUCGACAUUUGGUCUCCGCUGCCUGAAACAACGGCGGAGGAACUUGAGUCGGCGGAAGAGAGAAAGCUCAGAAAGGAGAAGCUCUGUCGUGAGGUCAUCUCUCCAUCAUGGAGCAAGUCAUCAAAAGACAUUUACACUAGUCCACUGUCGUUCGAUACCCUAUCAUCAACAAGAGCAUUUAACUACGUCAGUUGCAACUGCUGA